AUGGCGCCCCAACCGAACUUCCAACACAUCCAGGCGAGAAAAACGAUCGCGAAGGCACAAACCAAGUGGCCCGAAGAAGGGCACCAGGAUUCGCGGGCGUGGAGCGCUGCCCGCGACUUUUUCAAAUGCUGUUCUACAUCGAGUACGACCGGAUGCGCGUUUCCGAAAAUGCGCCGCAUGGUUCGUCCAAUCUCCUCGAGCGUCGUCACGGCCUCGUGGAGAUCGUCGAGGGGGGCGGCGGGGUCCGUGUAAAGCGCCGCCGCGUAAAUCGCCCUCAUCUUGAGCGUGGUGUUAUUAUUAUCUCCAAGAGAGCGUCGCGCCACAAGUAGCCUUGUACGCAACAGCGACUUGGCUUCAUCGAAGCGUCGUAGAUGAAGAAAGGAAUACGCGUAGUAAGCACGGCUCGACGCUCAUCCUGACGACGGACUACGACCACAAGUCCACGGGCGAAAAAUUGGGCUGCACCUACGCCAAGCUGCCGACGAGCGUCCACGCGGGCAACCAGAUCCUCGUCGCGGACGGCUCGCUCGUGUUGGAGGUCCAGAAGGUCCUGAACGACAAGGAGGUGGCCUGCACGGUCAUGAACGACUGCGCCAUCGGCGAGCGCAAGAACAUGAACUUACCGGGCGUGAAAGUGGACUUACCAGUCCUCCAAGAGAAGGACACGAAGGACUUGGUCGAGUUCGCGUGCCCGCAGAAAGUAGAUUAUGUCGCGGCGUCCUUCGUCCAGACGGCUGAUGAUGUGAAGACGAUCCGGAAGACGCUCGACGGGGCGGGCGGCCAGCAGAUCCAGAUCAUCUCCAAAAUUGAAAAUCAAGAAGGUCUGGAGAACUUUGCGGCCAUCGCGGACGAGACGGACGCCGUCAUGGUCGCGCGCGGCGACCUGGGCAUGGAGAUCCCGCCCGAGCGCGUGUUUAGAGCUCAAAAGAUGAUGAUCGACACCUGUAAUAGAGCGGGCACGCCCGUCAUCGUGGCGACGCAGAUGCUCGAGUCGAUGACGUCAAACCCGCGGCCGACGCGCGCCGAGUGUUCCGAUGUCGCGAACGCCGUGCUGGACGGCUGCGACGCCGUCAUGUUGAGUGGAGAGACGGCCGGCGGCAAGUUCCCCCGCGAGGCCGUGUCCAUCAUGGCCCGCACCUGCGUCGAGGCCGAGGCCGAGAUCGACUUCCAGAAGGCUUAUGGUGCUAUCCACGCCGCCGUGCGCGGCCAUGGCGAGACGCUCGGCAUCGUCGAGUCGACGGUCUCCGCCUGCGUGCAAGCGGCGGUGGAUGCUGGCGCUAAGGCCGUCGUCGUGCUCGCGCGCACGGGCGCGACGGCCCAGCUCUUCUCGAAGUACAAGCUGCCCAUGCCGGUGAUCGUCGUCACGUGCUUCGACUACGUGGCGCGCCAGUGCGUGGCCCUCAUCCCGGGCUGCCAGGCCGUGCACACCGGUGCAUAAAUCAAAAUGUCGCGAUCGACGCGCCCCGACUCACAAUUUGCGCGCAGGUGCACACGCCCCAGUACACAAACUACGGCUACAAUAACGCCGCCGGCGACGACGAAUCCAAGAUGGUCGCCGAGGGCACGAAGCACGCGGCCGAGAUCGGCGUGAUUACCAAGGCCGACGACAUCGUCUGCGCGGUCCACGCCUACAAGGCCGGCGCGACGAAGAACGUCGCGAUGCGGUUUUACUACGCCGGCGCCGCGCUCUAG